CCUUGGUCAAUUUGACGUUUUUCACGUUCCGUCACUGAAAUACCCAAAAAUGUGGCAACGUUUCGCACUAAAAGAGGACCAGCAGAUAUCGGGGGUCAAAUUCACUCUGCCCGCGCUGCCUAAUACCAGCCUGCUGACCAGCAGACCACUUCAGAUGUACAAAGUGUUUAAGCUUGAUGAGGAGCUCGCCUGUACCCUGGGUGAUGAUAUUUCACGGAUCCCUUCGGCCACUCGUAGCACCAUGAGGCAUCUGAGCUCUCGACAUAAUGAGGUCAGCCAGUGGCAGGCCCAGAUCUCUGAGAGCAUCAGCCGAGUGGACCGAGAGAUCAAUUCGGUGGAGCAGGUGAAAGACACAGCUGAGUGCUAUCUCCACGAGAAGCAGUUGUACAGCCAGCUCAUGCGCGACUGUGUGGUGCUCAUUAACAGUCUGAACAUAGAGGUGUUGGUACAGGACCGUGUUCAGUUUGAGUUGAAGAAGGAAGAGCAGCUGACCAAUGAGAUCAGAGAACUGCUCCAGAAGCAGAUCUGCAUCCUGCUGCAAAAACUGAGCUCUCUGAAGGAGAUUCGCAAUCAGCUGCUGGCUGAUUUUCAGGAUAAAAGUGAAGCCAUCGAGCUCACCACCAAAUGCAUCACCCAUGAGCGCAACACCCCGUGCUCCAAGCUGCCUGCUGGCCAAUACAGGCCCAACCAUGUGAGCUAUGACAAGUGGCUGUCGCACUGCAGGGACCUGAAGGUGAUGGCUGAGAGCCUGAUCAAAGAGUCUUCUUCCUUCAGAGGAAACCUGAGGUUUACACUGGCCAACUUAAAAAAUACCCAAGACUGCCAGCGCCGCAGCACCGAUGACUCCCUGAGGAAGAAGAUCAAUAACACCAGCAGGCUCCAGGAUACAAUGAUCUGGGAGAGGCAGCGGGUCAAGGAUGAGAUUUUGGAUCUGACCAAGGAUGCACAGAGGCUGUCGGGUCAGAUCAGAAACUGUGAUUCCAAGCUCCACCAGGCCACUCAUCGCCUGGACAUCCUCAACCAGAGGCCAAGACGAGAGCUCUGUGUGGACCGGCCCUAUGUCAGCCUCACACUGGAGAAACAUGACCUGGCAAAGAUGUUAGGUGGACUUCACCCAGUGCUGAAGCGCACCCAGCAGGACACGGAGGUCAAACGCAGACACCUGAUGAUUGUGGAAGAUAAGCUGGCCAAAAACGCUUGUGCCUUGGAUGUGCAGCAGAAGUGCCUGAACCUGCACCAGAGCUUCCUGCCUGCUCUUGACACUGCUGUGGUCCUUGCCAACAAGCCUCGGAUCUGCGCAGCCACUGGCCGCCACACCCCCAUCGCUCACUUACAGUAGAGUCCGGGAGAGCGCACCAGCCCUCUGCUCUUUUCUAGCUGGUGUUGCAAAAUUGAAUAAAAUAUAAGCAAG